AUGGCUCCUCCUCCUCCCUCCACUUUGCCCUUGGGCGAAAGGUUGAAGGCUUUGGCCCAGACCCUGCAACAUGUGACCCUGCUCAUUUCCGUCUUCCGAUACACCCUGUCUUAUGCGACCUUCAACUACUAUUCCUCCGCCGCCCAGUUUACCUAUCGUCUGGCGUUCCUGUCGGCUGCGGUGACCUACGGGAUUGUGGUAUACAAGGGACACAUUGCUCGGGGCCGUCUCCAGGGCAGCGUCCCCAGCAUCGUGUUGAAGCUCGCUAGCGACGAAAAUGUCCAAUACCUUGGGAUGGCGUUGGUCUGGCUGUAUUCGCGGCAGAUCCCUUUGGCACUCCUGCCCUUCAGUGUCUACUCCAUCUUCCACGUCGCGACUUAUUCUCGGGCCCACCUGAUUCCCACCCUGCAGCCCCCGGCUGCGGGCGCCGGUCCGGCCUCGCCUUCGUCCCCGAGCUCUCGACCGGCCGCGAGGCAGUCGCCCCUGGCCGACACCAUCGGCCGAUUCGUGAAGCAGUACUACGAUGCUAGCAUGGACUUGGUCGCGGGACUCGAGAUUGCGCUCUUGUUCCGCCUGGCGGUCUCGAUCCUGACCUUCUCCAAGGGCAGCUUUCUCCUCUUGGCCAUCUACCUGGCCUUCUUCCGCGCCCGUUACUCCCAGAGCUCCUUCGUCCAGCAGGCUGUCCGUUAUUUCACCGCCCGCGUCGAUGCCUCGGUCUCGCACCAGAGCACCCCGCCGGCUGUCCGUCAGGGCUGGGAGACUUUCAAGGGCGUGGUGCGCCGCGGCUACGAAGCGACCGACACGAGCCGCCUGACCUCGGCCGGCAAGAAGCCUCAAUAA